AUGACUGCGAGGAUUGCCGCACACCACAGCAACCGAAUUGGUGCCGUGUAUUCGUCCCUGCAUGCUUUCUGGUCCGCUCGGCACGCAGUCGCAAACGGCAUCACGAGUCGCCGAGAUGCAUAUAGCGUGAUUCUGUUCAACCAACAUCAGCUACAGAUCGCUACGAACGACUUCACAAGCUCGCCAGAACGGCUGCUCGACCUUGUCUUACCUCACGGCGCGGGCGGAGGCACCAACUAUACGCCUGCUCUUCAGGUCGCGCAGUCUGUGAUGGAGAGCAACUGGAGUACUGAAAGGACACCGGUUGUUGUCUUUUUGUCAGACGGCGAAUGUACUGUGGACGACAGUGUCACGAGGAACUUAUCGCGCCGGGCCAUAACUCUCGGGAGGGCGCUGUCUUUCCAUGCAGUGUCUUUCGGUCCACACAACGCCGUGCUGCGCAGGAUGGCUGACAUCGCGUCUGAAGUCCAGAGGAGCGCACAUCCUGAUCCCAUGCAUCCUCCAAUACCGUCUUCAUAUGUCGAGGCCUUGGACUCUGUCCGUCUGGCUGAAACUUUCAUAGGCAUCGCAAACUCCUUGACCAAGCCGCGUGGCGGGCUCAUGCAUAGAUGA